CUUCACCUAUCCGACAAUUCCACUUGAUAUCUUUACUGCCUAUUUCCCGAACGACACCUUUUCGAAAUGCCAAAGGAAAGAAAUAAGAUAGGAGAACAAAUCGCUUCUCCAGAGUCAGUGGCUGAAGAUAACGAUACCGGCCACUUACAAGACCUGAUUUCAAGCUUGUUCUUGAGCCCCCGAUACAGUGAUCUGACGAUUAUUUGUGGGGAUAUAAUUUUUACCGCCCAUAGAAAUAUUGUAUGCUUGCAGUCUGAAUUCUUUCAACGGGCCUGUGAUGGGAACUUUAAAGAAAAUCAAGGGAAGAUUGAACUCAUCGACCAAAAUCCCAUUCUAGUUGAGAAAAUGCUGCAGUUUCUCUAUACGGGCGACUACACCUUCGAGGAGCCUGAGCCUCCAUCUAUUACCGCGCUAGGUACUAGUCUACGAACUAGUGGAAGACAUAUGGAUAGCCAUACUGCAAUAUUCCAUGCUCAAAUGUAUGCCCAAGGUGAUUACUUCCUGAUUGAUCGUCUUCAAGUCAAGGCGAAGCAAUACUUUGUUGCAUCAUUUAUUAGGAAUCAGAACUCAAGCUCUUUUACCUCCACUAUUGUAGAGGUGUACACCUCAACAGCUGGCGUUAACCGAGGCCUUAGAGACGUUGUGGUUGAGCUCGUAAAGGACAACCUGACGACCCUAAGGGGUUCUGCGUUUCCUAUCCUUAAUAACAACCUUCUCACACGUGUUCCGGAUUUCGCGCACGAUCUUUGCGUUUCUCUCUUGGAUCAAAGUGUUGGCCGUACUAUGCGACCAGGAAGUCUUUUCGGUUCCUUUAACGGACACUAAUGACAGACAUACAUAUGUAUAUAUAUGUACUAGCUUCAUCCUUUCUAAUGUGUAUAAUUGCAGUGGUGCCGCUUUGCUACCCCUGCAACCUCGCCAAGAAAAUGAACUAGUGUUGGGCCGCUUAGAGUGCCGAACUAUCUGCCUACUUCCUUGGAGAUCUCCAAGGAAACCUACCUUUAAUCGAUCUGUAGUCUGCCUGAGUGGUUAGGCCUUGUCAUUGCCUAAUAGUGCACGCGGCGCAAGCAGGC